CUUUCUCUCGCGAUCUAUCCGAGGGAACGAGUAUCUUUUAUCUUCGUUUUCUUCCUCUGCGGGAAAACGAUCUGGUGUUCGCCGGUUCGCUUUCGAUUCGACUCACAGCCAACAGACUGCUUGUAUGAAGAGCGACUCCCCGAAUCACCUCGCCUCGUCGACCACUUCGAAUCGAAUUGCCUCCUCAUGUACAUAAACGUAGCGACGCUUCCAAUCAAUCACCCACACCAAGCGCUGCUUUUUGCAAUAUAUAGCCCUGGCUAGGCGCAAUCAGACUGACCGCUUUCCGAACCCCAGCAUCGACCACGGGCUGCUUACACUUGAGGAGUAACGCCGUGACGAGUCUCUCACCAUGGGUAUUCCGGCCGCCUUCAGGUGGCUUUCCGCCAAGUACCCCAAGAUCAUCUCUCCCGUGAUCGAGGAAAAGCCUCUCGUUUUGGAAGAUGGCACUGUCGUUCCGGUCGAUACGACGCAACCUAACCCAAAUGGCGAGGAGUUCGACAACCUGUACCUAGAUAUGAACGGCAUCGUGCACCCUUGCUCGCAUCCGGAGGACAAGCCCGCGCCCAGGGAUGAAGAGGAAAUGAUGAUAGAGGUCUUCAAAUACACCGAUCGCGUCGUCAACAUGGUUCGCCCCCGCAAAGUCCUCAUGAUUGCUGUCGAUGGUGUUGCGCCCCGAGCCAAGAUGAACCAGCAGCGAUCCCGCCGAUUCCGCGCCGCACAGGACGCCAAGGAGAAGGAGGAGGGCAAGCAGCAGCUCCUCAAGAUGCUCAAGAAGGAAAACGGCAGUGACGCCACCAAGGAGGAGUCGGUCGAGGCUGUCGUCAAGAAAGCGUUCGACUCCAAUUCCAUCACUCCUGGCACUCCGUUCAUGGACAUCCUGGCGGCGAGUCUGCGGUACUGGUGCGCUUACAAGCUCAAUACGGAUCCCGCGUGGGCCAAGUUGAAGGUCAUCAUUUCCGAUGCCACCGUUCCCGGUGAGGGCGAGCACAAGAUCAUGGAGUUUGUCCGCUCGCAGCGCAACUCGCCCGAGCACGACCCCAACACUCGCCACGUCAUCUACGGCCUGGACGCCGACCUCAUCAUGCUGGGGCUUGCCACCCACGAGCCGCACUUCCGUGUCCUGCGUGAGGACGUCUUCUUCCAGCAGAGCAAGCCCAGAUUGUGCAAGCUCUGCGGCCAGACCGGCCAUGACGAGCGGAAUUGCAAAGGUGAGGCAAAGGAGAAGAACGGCGACCUUGACGAGAAGGGCAAGGGCGUGCCCAAGUUCAAGCUGGAUCCCAAGCGGACGAAUGGGCUCGCCGGCAAGGUCGAGAAGAUCGAGGGCUACGUCCCGCAUGGCUCUCUCGUGUACCCGCUGGAACGGAACACCAUGCCGGACGUGGACUAUGACCGUUCACUAACCGUGUACUACAUCAUGCCCAGCAGUUCCCACAUGCACAAGUCGAUGCUUCUUCGCGGCGUAAAGCUGCCCCCGCUCGCACUUGACAGGAGUGACAUCGAUUUCGUGAAGAGCAAGGGGCGGAAUGCCGGGAGAAGCUCCGGAGGCGUCCCAUUGAAGAAUAACUACAAUGGUGGCGGGCGGGGAGACAGGAUCAACUAUGCUGGCGGACCACCUCGCGGUGGAGGUGGACGUGACCAGGGAAGUUAUCAGCAACAAGAUCGCGGCUAUGGAAACGGCUACGGUGGCGGCGCCGGCGGGUAUGGCACCGGCUAUGGUAGCUACCAGCCGCCCGCUCCUCCUCCGCAGUCAUGGCCGCCGCCGCCGCCGCCUGGCUAUCCCGGUUUCGGCAUCGGCGUGCCUCCCCCCCCCCCUCCCGCCUACGUCGCUGGCGGUGGCUACGGCCAAGGAUACGGCAACCAGGGGUACGGGGGUCAGAGUUACCGGAACAAUUACUUACCACCCGGUCCGCCGCAGUAUGGGGGAUACCAGGGUGGUGGUCACCAAGGAGGUUAUCAGGGAAGUUACCGUCCGCCUCAGAGCCAGGGUCAGGAUCGACGUCACGACAGCAGGUCAACCAACUGCUUCGAGGAGUGA